AUGCUUAAAAAUCAGUUGGCUCUUACAGAAGGUCUUAGAGCCAACCAGCGAUCUAAUACUCACGGUUUUAGUCAGUUAGAACGUUUCGCUGAUAUGAGAGAGUUACCAGGAGCAGAAGCUACUGAAGACGAAGACGAUUAUAAAACAGCAGCUAGCUCUAGUGAAACAGAGCCAGACACACCAGAAGAAAAAAAAAAUUUUUAACUUAGCUAGCAGGUUUAAGGACGAACAAAUAGAAUAUUUAAAAAAAGGUGGUUACGAUGAUCCUAAUAAUUUAUUAACAAAAGAUUAUGAUUAUUUAGAAUCCUAUUUUAAAGAUGUAAAUAGUGAUGUUAAAACUUUAAAUGGAAGAAUAGUUGGCAAGGAAAAAAAGAAAAUAAAACUCAACAAGAUAAAGAUAUUAUUGAUAAAGCAAAAAUGGAACGAGAUUUAUUAGUUAUUUAUAAGGAUACUAUAGGUGAUAUUAUGAAAGCAAAAGGAAAGUACAAAACUGGAAAAGGAAUUAACCCUAAUCAACUUAUUGAUAGGGUUAAACUUCUCGGGGGUAGUAUUAUGGCUGGAAACAACGGCGUCGUGCCAGAGUUUACUCAGAUAGAACGUUAUUUAAACUCAAUGAAGGUCUUACCCACAGAAGAACUAAAUAAAAUGAUGAAAACAAUGAAAAUAUAUCUAGGCAUGAAAUAAAAUGGAUAUAGACAAAGCCAAAAAACUUUCACGAGAUAAAAUUGAGGCAGACCUACUUACUGGUUUAGUUAAACGUAGUAUAAAACGAAAGGAACGUGAGCGCCAGCAAGCGCGCGAGGAUUUUAAAGAAGUAUUUGAAGUACUUUUGGUGUCUCAGGAUAAAUCCACUAAAACACAGGAUCUAAUGUUAGAAGAACUUCGAAAUUUAAAUGGAAACAUUGAUGAUGAACCUAUAGGUCGAGAUCGUCGUCGUCAGCGCCGUCGUCGGGAACCCGAUGACAUUAGUGAUGAAUCUACUGAUGAGGAGUCUGAUGUGGAUUAUCCUCGUCCCCAUACACGCUGGCCAGUUUAUUAUACAGUGGUACAGUCGGCUUAACUCGUCGAGGUGUUGUGGGCACUGCCGAUUUGGCUCGCAGAGGAUUGCAAGAAUUGUAUUAUCGUUGGAAUCCACAUGAGGAACCCGGGCGGAACCCCAGGUACCUGCAGAAAUACAGGAGGAACAGAAUAGAAUACGCCAGGAGGAAGACAUCCUCCAACGUCGUCGACAAAUACAGAAUUCUUAACAGGAACUACUAAAAAAACAAGAGGAUGCACUAAAUCAGGAACAAGAAAUACAGCAACAAAGACAAAAACAAAAAGAAAUCCAACAAGAACUAGAACCUAAAGCUAAGGAGCAGAAAGAAGAGGUACAAAGGCAAACUCAACAGGUUGAGCAACAGGCUCAACAGGCACAACAAGUGGGACAAGAACAGACACAAGGUCAAGAUCAACAAGUUAAGAGUCUAGAGGAACAAAAGAAAACUAAGCUAAGUGAACUAAGCGAUCGUUUAGAAAAGCAAGCCGAGCAACGUCGUCAAAUACAAGAACAGCAAAAAGAAAUGCAAGAACUACAGACAAGCAGUCUCAGGAGUCGCAACGAUUGAGUAAGGAAGCAGAAGAAUCACAACAUCGUCAGUCGCAAGAAAUACAACAGUUACUGUCAGCACAACCACUGCUAACUUCAUCAUCUGCUCAACCACAGUUACUGUCUGCUCAACCAUCAUUUAUGUCAGCAUUACCACUGUUAACUUCAGUGUCUGCUCAACCACCGUUAGCGUCUUCUCAACCACAGUUAGCGUCUGCACAACCACAGUUACUUGCAUCACAAGUCCUCCCACCUUUAAGCCAACAGCUAUCCCAAAUGAGAAGCCAAACUUAGAGUAUGCAGAGUCAAUUAGCACAAGCAAAGGAGAUACAAUCACAACAGCUUCAGUUAAAUAAGGAAAUACAAAAAGAACUAGAAUAUCAGAAGAGUGUACAACAACAAUUACAAAGAACAUCGCAAGCACUGCAAGCACUUCAGAGCGGGGAUACCACCACGUCGCAGACAAGCGAGUCAGCUGCGGAGGAUGUAACAGAAGCCAUAUCCAAUAUAUCAUCAGCAGCUUUAACAGCAAUGGGAAAAGUAGCAUCUAAUGGGGUAUCGGCAUUGGGCAAUACUGCUUCGACCUUACUCGUUCAACCUUUGAAAUCCAUAGGAAAAAUGGCUAAGAGCGCUGCUGAAGGUUCUCUUCAGUCAUCCGAUGUAUUUCCAUCUGUUACUGCGUCUCAGGUGCUUCCAAGUGGAUCCCCGAGUAUUGCAUCUCGAUUGUCAGCUCGCCCAGACCUGUAUCGAAAUUCAAACACGAUACCACCACCAGAUUGGCAAUCACCAAAUGUCACUGGAGUCUGACCAUCGUGGCAUCCCUCAUCUGAUCCGAGUCUUGCUGGGUUUAGUCCUUCUCCUUCUCCACAGGCUUCGUCGCAAGCGUCGUCGCAGCAAUUGAUUUUAGCGCCACCUUAUAAUCCAUCAGAUAUAUCACAAGGUUUAAAAACACCAUCAAGUAAGAUGUCUAGACUAACGAAAGAUUAUUCCUCACCAAGUGUUUUACCAAGAAUUGAAGAAUUUACCACACCAAAUCAACCAGGUGUUCUUCCUGAUCUUACAUCUGUAGUCGAACGACAGAUGAAAAAAGAAAGGAAGUCGCAGCUGUCCUCCAGGUCGUCGUCUGGUUAUAUAUCAACGCCCGAAACGUAUAGUAAUGUUUCUUCGUAUUUACAAACUCCAUCAGGAUACAAUGCUGGAUAUUCUACAGCGCCAGAGACAGCACCAGAGACUUCCCCAGAGCCGAUACCACCAGACGAGCAACAAGCAGACCCACAGGGUCUGAGAACUUCUUAUUAUGGAGAACCGAAUUGUGGUACAGGAACCAAUACCACCAAUAGAACAAUUACCAUCAAUGGGUCUUUUAGAGUUAGCUGAUCUGGAUAAAGGAUUAACUAAAAGUCUACGAAGCAUACAAGCAAUGAUAAAUGGAAAGAAUAGAAAACGUAAUAAAACACGAGGAUUAUAAUUUAAUACAAGAAUACGAGAGAUACAAGCAGGAAUUAUAUAAUUACGUCCCAUAUUUCAAACAACAUUAUAGCAUGAGAAAACAACAAGGACAAGGUCAACAAGGCUAAGGCGUUUUCUUUUACAACACACCCCAAGAACUUCUAAAAAGACUAGAAUUACUAGAUGGCUCAUUGAGAGCAGGAAAUAACGGAGUAUUACCCGAAUACAUACAGAUAUUACACCGACUUAAGGAUAUAGGCGUUUUGACUAAUUCCCAUCUUAAUAAACUGUUAAAAAAGUAUAUAGACAUAAUAUAAAUGAAUGAAAGUGCUAUUCAUAUUUCCUCUAUUAAACAAGAACGCAUAGGAACAAACAAACCUCAUGAUUUUAUAGUUAAAUUCAAUCCUCCUCUAAAACUUGACCCAGGAUUUAGGCAUUUUCUCGCCAUUGAUCGACUGUCAAUGACUUACUCUUGGUACAACAUCAGAAGUGAUUACAACAACAAUACAAUCAAAUACACUCAUGACGGAACGACUUGGCAAACAAUUACUUUUACAGAUGGAAUGUAUUCCUACUCUGAUAUAAACGAUUACAUUCAUCAGUACAUGGACCAAAAAUGUCAUCACUCAACAGACUCCAAAGGAGCAAAGGUGUAUUCGAUUAAUCUAACUUUUAUUUUGAGUACGUAUCGAGUUUUGUUAUCAAUUGAUGGGGACUACCAACUUGAUCUGCGUGGAACAAAUUUUUUGGAGACGGAUUUGAAAAGAAACUUGUGA